AUAUAUUGGAUUAAAAUUUCAAUGCGAGUAAUAUAUCACUCCACCGCCUCUACAAGUACAGCCCUUCGUGUAUAAAAUAUAAACAUACAAAGGGAGGAGAAAAAUCAGAAACCCUAAUUGAAAUCGAAAUCAAUGGAGGACAAUUUUAAUGUCCGCGUUAACAAGGUAUUCGGAUCCCUACCAAUUGCGGCGGCGCCAGCAGCUUCAUCAUCUCUCUGGUGUCUAACUGACGAGGAGAUUGAAAAGAGAGAAUGGAAUCGAGACAAGGGAACUCCCGUCGACGACGAUGAACCCAAGCCGUAUCCCAAGAAUCUUGAUGGAUUUGCGAAUACAAGUGCUAAUGGAUCGAAUUUGGAGACCUCUGAUCUCCAGGAGCUCCAAGAGGACUUGGAUGACUUGGAUGACGAUGAUGAUGACGACGAAUUGGCUAAGCGGCAAGUUUCGAAGCCGGAUGAUUGUGAUGAGGAAACUUGGAAUAUUCGAUCUUCGAUUGGGAAGGAUUGUACACUGGACAAUGAGGAAGAGGAAGAUGAAUUUGAUCAGGUGGCAAUGGGCAAGGAAGAAGCUCUUGGUAGCCUUUAUCAGAGAGACAUUACAGAUUAUGAGAGUGAUAUGAAAUCGUACAGUGAGCUUCCUAAAACAUUUAAAGAUGUCAAUAAAGACCCUCGAGCAAAUCGCAGAGCUGCAGAAAUUCGACUCCGAGAGGAUGCUGGAGGGGCUGAUUGUGUUGAUAAUAUGCGAGCUUUUACAACUCUUCACCCUGCUCUAAAUGCUCAAAAUGGCAUUUCUAAGGAGUCUGUUGGUCUAAAUUCUAUCCUCAAAAGCAAAGGAGAUCAUGUUGAUACGAAAUCCAAGAAACGGGUUCGCUUCGACUCUAGCUGUAAGGAUGAUUGUGAGAAAAAUUCUGAAGGAUCAAAUGCUCUAGCCUCGGAAACAAGUUUAGUGUUAGAUAAACCAGCUUCUAUACCCAAAGAUUCUCCUAAUGUUCCAGACUAUGUGAGAAAUCCUUCAAAGUAUAAACAUUACACAUUUGAUCCGUCAGCUGAUUUUGAUGACUCAUCCAACAAUAGAGCGUAUGCUGAUUUUCUUAAAUUAGUGAAGCAGAGGGACCAGAUGGAAUCACAGGAUUGUCUUCCUUUUGAGCUUCCCAAAUCUGUCACCUUUACUCCCAAGAAAAAGCCAAGUGGAAAUACUGUUGGAGCAAAUAGGAAUGAGUCUGAAAAGAAUCACAAUAAACGUCUUCCCAUUGCCAUGGCGGCAGAGGAUGAACUUAUAGAUGGAAUUUGUGCGAUGGAAGAAGAUGAGCAUGAAGAAGCAGCAGAUAAUAGGACCAAAGGCUCACAGAUAUCAGGGCGAAGGUAUCGAACAAAGGGCAGUGAAUGAAAUUUUUUGUCUCAAAGGCUAACAUUCCUGUUGCUGCGUUGAACUCUUCUUUAUAUAUAUGGCCUUCUAAGUUUAUUAUCCCAAAUAUGAUAUGUGCUAAGCGAAUAUGAUUUUAAAUUCUAAGCGGGUGCAUUAUACUGGAUUUUACUUAUCAAACUCUAAUAUGAAUAUUAUUUUUAUA